AUGCUCUGGCCAUCUCCUGCCUCGGCUCGUCGGAGACGCAUUUCCACCCUGGCCUCCGCCUUGCGCCUGUCAUCCCACCACUCGGAGGCCGCCACACGCCUCUUCGCCCUGGCUCAGCAGCAUAACUUCAUCCAGGGUCGCAAGACCGACCAUGUGGUGGCCGCUUGCUUGUACAUUGUCUGCCGGCGCGAACGCACGCCGCACUUGCUCAUCGAUUUCAGUGACAUCCUCCAGACCAAUGUCUUCGUCCUGGGUGCCACCUUUUUGCGCUUCGUUCGCCUGCUGAAUCUCCGCCUGCCGGUGGUCGAUCCCAGCCUCUACAUUCAUCGGUUUGCCGCGCGCCUGGAGUUCGGCGAUCAGACCCACACAUGCCUGCGAAUCCAUAUGCCUGCAUGGGUGGGUGUGCCUGAUGAUGCAUCCCGGCCGGCCCGCGCGCGCGCGCGCGCGCGCGCACGGGCGGAAGGUGCAGCUCCCACGCGCGAGGAAACUUUUUCUCCCGCCGUGGCCUCGCGCCUUCUCUCCGAGUUCAGCGAGACCCCGGCCGUGCUCUUGACGCCGGAGGAAUUCGAAUCCAUCGACAUGGAGGGCGAGGCCGAUCCGCCCUCCUUCACGGCAGCCAAGCGCGCGCGUUUGGUGGCCGAGGCCGCUGUCAAUCGGGAUGCCGCCGAGCAGGCGGCCGCCACGCGGAGCCCCUCGCUCGAGCAACUUCAAGAGAUUGAGGAAGGCGGCCGCGAAUUGGAGAAGCUCCUUACCGAGUCCGGCUUUUCCGAUGAGGAUCUCAGCACCACGCCGGACCCAUCGCAACCAGGAUCACCGGCUCUCCCCAGUGCUUCAUCACAGCCGAAGAGCCCGACCCCGGGGCCAUCGCCCACACUCAAGGCCACACGGGACUUCUCCUUGCCGGAUGACCCGGUCGCCGCGGCGGCCAUCCUCGAUGCCGAUGACGAGCUCCAGCUGGCUCUCCUGUCGCCGGAGGAGCAGCGCAUGAAGGCGGACCUCUGGACCGAUAUGAACCGGGACUACCUGACCCAGCAGGCCGAGAAGCAGCGCCUCAUCGCCGAGGGGGUGAUCAAGGCCCCGACCGCCUCGUCCAGGCGCAAUCGUCGCAAACGCACGGCCCCCGGGAGCACCGGCGAUGAGGGGACCGACGGUCGUGAAGCGGCCCGCGCCACCCUGGGCGCCCUCAGCAAGAAGGUCUCCACCAAGAUCAACUACGAAGUCCUCCAGGGGCUCUUCAGCAUGGGGGCCGGCGGUGGCACCGGCGCCGCCGGGGGGGGAUCCCUGCCCGGUGGCCCGGGGUCCCAGUUCAUCAAGCAGGACUCCUCGUCAUAUGGUGGCAUCGGUGGGGGAGCUCUUCCACCGGGCGGCGGCGCCGACUCCUUUGGCCAGGAAUUUGCCAUCACCACGCGCGAUCUCCAUCCCGAUGGUGGGUCCUCCCCAUCGGGGGGAAUGCCGCCCUCCUCGACAUCGCGGCUACGGACCAUGUCCGGCGGUGCCGGGGGAGGCGGCCGCGGAGGAGGACCUGCCGGCGAUGGGCCCUCACCGGCGCGUGGUUUCGGUGGCGGCCUCUUCAUCAAGCGCAUGAGGACAGACUGA